AUGGUACAUGGGCACAGCUUCCAUCACGUUGUUGCAAGUCUUCUCAUACUUGGGUUGUCUGGGGCAACAAAGAAGGAUACAGCAGUAAAAAACAAUUCUGGAGUGAAGCCUGCAGGUCAAUGUGGAACGUGGGUGAAAGAAGCAGAAGGAGGGCUCUUCACUUCUCCCAAUUACCCAAACAAAUACCCCCCAGACACAGAGUGUGUUUACAUCCUUGAAGCCCCCCCAAGGCAGUGUAUCGAUCUACAUUUUGAGGAGAAUUAUUCAAUCGAGUCCUCUUGGGAAUGUAAAUUUGACAACAUCGAAGUUCGGGAUGGACCAUUUGGCUUCUCCCCAAUUCUUGGACGGUACUGCGGUCAGCACAGCCCGCCUGAUAUUAGGAGUGGUGGCCGAUAUCUGUGGAUAAAAUUUGUAACAGAUGGUGAACUGGAAGCGGUGGGAUUUUCAGCAAGUUACAAUUUCACUGCAGAUCCAGACUUUGUAGACUUGGGAAUACCCCCACCUCUGCCCUCCUGUCAGUAUGACAUGGUUGGUCCAGAAGGUAUCGUUGAGUCUCAUCAGAUCACCAGAGACGGGAAGGCUGGUGCUGCCGAGGCCGUCGACUGUAAAUGGUAUAUCCGUGCUCCGCCACGCUCCAAGAUCUACCUGCGUUUUCUCGACUAUGAGAUGGCCAAUUCCAAUGAAUGCAAGCGCAACUUUGUGGCUGUUUAUGAUGGUGGCAGCUCAGUAGAAGACCUGAAGAGCAAGUUCUGCUCCACGGUGGCCAAUGACAUCAUGCUGGUUUCCACGCUGGGUGUCAUCCGCAUGUGGGCGGACGAGGCCAGCCGCAAAAGUCGCUUCCGCAUCCUUUUCACAACCUACCAAGAACCUCCAUGUGAUGCAGAUGCCUUCUUCUGUCACAGUAACAUGUGCAUAAACAACACACUAGUGUGUAAUGGCAUGCAGAACUGUGUCUACCCCUGGGAUGAGAACCAAUGUAAAGAGAAGAGGAAAGCCAACAUCCUGGACAGUCUGAACAACACAAAUGGGACCAUAAUUGGCGUCACCUGUUGCAUCGUCCUCAUCCUCCUCAUCGUCUCUGUCAUCGUCCAGAUCAAGCAGCCACGAAAAAAGUACAUCCUCCGGCGUGAGGACUUUGACCCCACCAUGUUCCAGGAGGUUUUUGAGCCACCUCACUAUGAGCUGUGUACUUUACGGAGUGCCACCACAGCUGCAGCGGCCUCAGCAGACUUAGUUGACCUGGCAGAUGACUUUGAGAACUACCAUGCCCUUCGCCGUGCCUCCUCCCGCUGCGUCCAUGAUCACCACUGUGGGUCCUCCUCCAACCCUGGCUCCGCCCACAUAUCACAGCUGUCACUCAGUGGACGAGGAAGCCGUGGAAACUUGAGUGCUCGUGAUGGAGCAGCAGCCACUCUGCUCACAGACCUUCCACAGCCGCCCAUGGCAGUGCGGCCUUUGCUGCCAGCCACAGGAAACCGUAGGAGCAUCUUGGUCAUGAAGCACAGCUACUCGCAAGAGGCAGCGGAAAAUGGAUGUGACCUGGACGAUGACCUGGAAGAGGUUCCCACCACCAGCCACCGGCUUUCACGCCACGAAAAGGCAGUACAGCGAUACAUCAGACAGGUGCAUCACUCCUCUACAUCUUGCCAAGUUUGACAGCAUUUGGAGCUAAGGUUUCUCUCCCUUGUGCAACUUGAGUGAACUGUUGCCCUGAGCAACUUUAGCAAUGUAGUGUUGUGAUGAGAAAUUUUAAAAAAGGAAAAAAAAAAACAACACCAAAAGUUUUAUGAUGUAUGCAUCAAAUUUUUCUUCUUUGCUUUGGACUGCCAAGGUGCAUUUUCCCUACCUGUGCUCCACAACUGGCUGGAGUUGAUGAGCCAUGGAACACUGAUAAUUUAGGAUACAGAUUUUUUUUUGUUUUUGGAAUAGAGUACCUUUAAUGUAAAAUUGUUCAUGGAGGGGGAAAAAACAGAAUCAGUUUUUUAAAGAUAAUUUUCAUGUAACCAUUAAAAUAUGAAAUUGCCUCUUUCAGCUGCUGUAUUUACAUUAUAUUUCUUAUUUUGAUGUCAUGUCUUUAUAGUAGAGUAUCAGGUUGUUUUUAUAUCUAAAGAAUUACUGAAAGCCCUGUUGAGAAAACAAAAGAACAGGAUGUAAGAAAUAAAGUGAUGUGAAAUUUCAUAAAUGGGUGCAAACAUACUGACCUAUCAACUAACUUUUAUUUAUUCCAUCUUUUACUGAUGUCAGAACAUUACUUAUUUAUAUGUAUUUCUGUCUUUCUCCUUUUCAAAUUUCAUUGGUGUUUUUUU